UUGGGUACCUGUAUAAAAGAUAUAAAGUUCUGCAAAUACCUGCUCAAUAAAGGGUAUCUUUUCCAUAAAUAUUGCCGUCCCAACAACAUAAAUGCUUGAAAAACGUAGUAUCAAUUACAGAAAUUUUUAGUGGCGCCAUCUACCCGAGGUCAAUAAAACCGACAGCUCGAGCAGCAUCAGCGGCUAGCACGAGGAGCCGAACGAGCGCUUUGGUUUGGUUUUCCGCCGUGUCGAUCUCGACUUCGAACGUCGCCGCUCGGCAAUGCCGACCGGGUGCUCCGUUCUCCUGUGUCCUAACCGGACUGCACAAAGCCCUCUUGUCCGUGCUAAAAAGCUCCAGUUCCAUCUUUUACCACGCGAAGAACGUCUCAGAAGUGAGUGGUGUGGAAGGAUUGGUAGAAGGGACCCUGGACAGGCAGACGUGCGCGUGUGCUCCGAACACUUCGACAGCGACCGCGACUACCGUCGCCUGCCAAGUGUUCUUCGCGAUGCCGGGCAGACGAUGAAGAACGUCUACCUGAAGCCAGAUGCUAUUCCUUCGCUCCGACUGCCCCCCACUGCGAAGCGCCUCUCCCCUGCCAAGGACCCAGCCGUGCCAACGUCGAAGCGCCGAAGAACUGAGAACGAUGAGCCGGUGGAGGUGGAUUGCUUCGAGAGGACCACACCUCGCGAGCACAGCUGUCAUUGUCGUCACCGACCGGCGACACGCGACACAGCGGUCCAGGCCGACCUGCAUGAAAAUCCGGGACCCGCACAGACUCCGAGGCCGCCUGGCACGAAGGACAGUUCUGUGGGCACAGACCGAUGGCUGGGAAAGCGAUCUACCGGCACGCAGUGGAAUUCCUACGCCAAAGGUAUCACCGCCCACUGGGUACAGACCGAGGACUUGGAGACACCCGACAGUAGCAGCACCACUGCCGGCAGCAACAGCACAACCACUGCCGCAGCCUUCGCCUCCACCACCACUACCUCUGCAGUGCCACCGCGAAGACCGGGCCCAGCAUGUGCAAUGAGCCCUGUCCUCAGUGAUUCGGACGAGGAGGAGGAGGAAGAAGAGGACGACGACGACGGCGACGACUGCGACGAUGACCCUCUGUGGGAGCCACCCACCAAAGGAGGCUUUGUCGAGAGUGCCACCACUGUGUCCGGAGAGCCAGACUACAAAGAACGAAAGUUCCUCGUGUUUGAGAGCAGCCUGCGGCAGUUGUUUGCGGUCUGCCAGACGUGCUACAGCCCCUGCAGUGUGUCACUGAGCACGAUUGGCACGCUCCUGACGGUGCACACCUCUUGCCCCGCUGGGCAUAAGAACCGUUGGGACAGUCAGCCCUACAUCAACGGCAGGCCUCUGGGGAACCUCCUCAUCACCAGCUUCGUCCUGUUCACGGGGGCCUCCCCAACCAUCACGCUGCGCCUGCUCCGCCUAAUGAACAUCGUGGUGAUCUCAAUGAAGACAUACACAAACUACCAGCGGGCAAUUUUGAUCCCAGCUGUUGAACAGGUGUGGGAGGAGGAGCAGGAGAAGCUGUUGGGAGAGCUCCGUGACCAACCCCUUGACCUUGCUGGUGACGGGAGGUGCGACUCCCCAGGCUACAGCGCAAAAUAUCUGACGUACUCUCUUCAUGCACCCCACGUGAACAAGAUCGUUCACUUAGAACAGGUUCAGGUAGGAGAGUGUGAGGCGGUUCCCAACAGUGGAAGUAUGGAGAAGGAAGGCCUGAUCAGGUCCCUGGCCUUUGCAAGGGAGAAGGAGCUGACAGUGCGGUCCCUGGCCACGGACAGGCACCGCUCAAUCGCCAAGCACAUGAGGGAGAAAGAGCCGGCUGUCCUCCACUUCUUCGACGUCUGGCAUGUGUCAAAGAGUGUCAAGAAGAGCCUUAACGCAGCCAGCAAGAGCCAUGACUGUGGCUCGCUGGUUGGGUGGGCACAGCCGGCGGUCAACCACAUGUACUGGUGUGCGACGGCGAGCCGGGGCAACCCUGACCUGCUGGUGGGUGCCUGGUCGAGCAUGACAAGGCACGUGGUCGACGUCCAUGCAGACCACCCCGGGAUGUACACCAAGUGCCUUCAUGAGCCCAUCGAAGAUGGUGAAUGGCUGGUGCCAGACACACCUGCCCAUGCCAGGUUUGUGGACGUCGUGUCCAGCAAGUCCCUACUCAAGGACCUGCGCCAGCUUUCCCCUGACACACAAACCUAUGGAUUGGAAUCUUUCCAUAGUGUGCUCAACCGCUUUGCACCCAAGUGGGCUGCCUUUCGCACAAAAGGCAUGCUCGCCAGAUUACGUCGGAAAGCUCGUGGCUCGGGCCGUGGCAAUCUGCAAGGACAUCGGACCUCUGAGGGAGGUCUUCAAGCUUGAUGCGAGGACGCCGCGUCUGCCAAACCUGAACCGGAGCUGCGACAGACCACCAAAGGAGGAUCUGGUUGCUGCCAGAAUCAGCCGUUUUGGAAAGAAGGCGCCCAACGCAACGGAGUAAUGGUUUGCUUUGCAAGCACAAUACCAGCGCACUCCACUUGCUGGUUGAGUUCUUGUUGCAGUUGGGGCUGUUGUAACAUGAGAUGGAGUGGGGCUCUGGUCGCUCGCACUGUGUAUUUGAGGAAGCUGGCAUUUUGCCUGACGACUUUUCCGUUUCGAGAUGCCUUGAUGCAGGAUCCUCGGAAUGAGAUAACAGUGAAAGACCUGGGGUCAUAAAAUGGGGUGGAUUUGUUGUGCUGCUGUUCUCUGCAGAGCGCGAGUUGACUUGAAAUGAAGUUGUACGUUUGUGCGUAAUGUCACUUGUUGACAUAUGCCUUGUCGUAUCUUUUCCUCGCUGCAUCUGUUUGUUGUGCCUCGAUCUCGGUGUAGCCUUUGUCACCAGGGUUAGGAAGUACUGGUAACAUGUUGCACACUUCCCAGUUCUUUGACAGAUGAGGUGGUGAUGGCUUGGUGUUCACUGCGAGCACCUUUCUUUUGUUUUCGUCGGGCUGCUAGAGUUUUGUUUUAUGAUGCUGACGUUGUGCUUCGCCUCUUCGAAUAGCCGGCCUUGCUUGAGUAUUCCUUGUACGUCGAGGUCGUGUUGUAUGGUAUAGCGGCGCAGCCUUGAGGACUUUGUCGUGAUGAGGAUCUGGUUUUUAAUCUCGGUGUCCAGGCCAACGAACACACAGUGCCUCGCAAGCUGCCGCAGUCAAGCGUAAAACAGGUUGAGUGACUCGCUUCCCACCUGCUUCGUCUGCUGAAAGCGGUAAACUUCGAAGCUCGUAGUUACCUGGGGUAGGAGUAAGCGUCGAGCUUCCUGCGUGUAGCUGUGUAUAGAGCAGUUGUGUCGCUGCAGAACUUUGCUGCGGUUGAGACAGGCGCAGUCACUGGAGGUUCUGGUAGCAUGCAGCAAGUGUCGUAGAGGUCUUCUCCGAUAUAGUGCAACUGAAAGGCGGUGUUCCUGGCAUCAUUUUGAUUCCACAGGCGACCACAAAGUCCUCGAACCGUUUUACCCACAUUGACCACUCAGUGCCGACAUUAUUGGUAUCAGUGACACGAGCGUCAAAGGAGGGAAAUGGGGGGGAGCACGCCUUAGUCCAUCUUGCUAGGCAGGUGUCAUUUGUUGGAUGCGUCGGGGUCCAUUCCACUUCAUUGCAGGGCGAUCCUUAUGCUGUUCUUGCACAUUUUCUUGGCCAUUUGUAGCGUUGUCUGCGUUUAGGAGGGAUGAA